AUGAUUAGGCCUUCGAUUGUUUCAAAUAUAUUAAAAGAUUCAAACUUAGAAGAGAAUACACACAAACAUUCUAAACGACCCCUUGAAAUAUUUUAUUAUAACAAUUCUUUCGAAGAUGUUACAACAUCUCUGUUCUAUCCUUCCUUAUCAGAACAGAAUGAACUAAAAUUAACGAAAAACGUUAAAAAACCUAAACUUACAAAUUCAACUUUACUAUUAGAUUUGGAAUACGUAAAGAAACACUUCACUGAUACAAAGUUUCUUAUUACACCCUCGGAAAUAGGAUUGGACUACAUGGACGAAUCUUUGAGUUUGUUUGAAGAUUGCCUUAAUUCUUUACCGAAUUUCAAGGUCAUUGAUAACAAUGUAACGGACGCGGUAUCGUAUUUUAAUAAUUUGGUCGAAUCGUUUUUCCUGUACCUGGAAAAUGAAAAUGUUGAGAUGGAUUAUGAACAGGAUAACAUAGAAGACUUUCCGAAGGAGGACCAGAAUAACUUGACGAGCAUAGAAUUUAACACUAAAGAAGACCGACCAGUGAUGGUCCAGUUGUUUCUGUCAACAAUUUUGGCGUACAACUGGUCACUAAAAUUGUUUGAACACACACAAACGGCGCUUGAAAUAUCCAAAUGGAACCUGAGUGAGUGUGAAACCAAUAAGAUUUUGGAGGCGGCCCUGGGACUGAGAGAAGCAAACAGAAACUAUGUGUUUUACAACACAGUAUCUCAGACAAUGCUGAAUGUGUUAAAGAGCAGAGAAACGAUGACAAACUCGUUCAUAGUGGAGUUUAUGGAGAGAGUUGUGUUUCUGAACAAAAUAGCGACCACGGAAAUGUCGUAUGAGCCACUGUCAUGGAAUAGAAUAAGAGUUAACUUUUCUAUGCCGGAGCAGACAGUCGCAACAGAUUCGAAGACGGAGCACGAAGAAAACCUGAACAUGAUCAGAAACGAAAUGGCGAAAAGACUGUCAGGACGGUCGAAGUGCGAAUACCUGAGAAGAGAAGUGGAAAACGCCAACGCGGAAAUGCAGCAGAUGGAGUCGAAAAACGAAGAGGUGUUGGCGAAGCUGGAGGCUCUGAAGAAUCAGUUGAGUGAACUGCCGAGCACGUUCAAGUUUGAGUCGGCGAGCGUCGGGAAAAUGACGGACUCGAAGAAGUUGCCGAGGAAGCUGUUUGAUCUGCUGACGCACCUGAACAACUUUGCACAAUCCAACCCACUUAGAGAGAUUAACUUUAAGGUGCUGAAGGACCACAACUACUCGUUUCAAAUGGUGAUACUGGCACCUAAGGACCUGCUUUUCCCGUCCCUGGAGGCGACUAAGUUUCUGUUUCCACUGGUAUUCCACUUUUACCUGGAAGAAGAGAAACUUAGAGUUAAGCAGGUGAACAGUAAGAUGUCGACGAGUAAACCUGUGGUGGAGUUGGUGAUGAAUAGGUUCCUGGGAACAGAAGAGGAGGAGGAUUUGGAACUGGGACUGGAAGAGUUCGACGACCACCUGUCGGAAAAGUUUCACGAUACCAUGGAGAAGUUGUACAAGCAGGGUAAGUUCGUGCGUGUAAUUUCCACAGCACAGGAGUUUGUAUGGAAUCUCUACGUCCUCGAGAGUUACAAGUCAAACAACAAAUCGAUUCUGUCGAAAAUAAUGCCGAAGGAGCUUCAAGAUAGGACGACGCACUCUAAGUACACAUUUAAGGAGAAGAACGUUUGGAAACUGUCGAACGAAGCGGCCUCGGCCACCGUCCAAGUUGAGAAUGUAAACGGGACCCUUAAGUUUCAGUUCACAGAAUUUGAGAAGACAGGAACCCUGGAAAACAUAGAGAAUUCAAAAUUGGUGGACCAUUUGAAGCAAAAAAAUCAUGAAUUUGACGUGGAGAGCUUGGCUGGAAUGGCCGAAAACAUACUUGAUUACUUUAGCUCCACACGUGACCUCAUUAACACUGCAGUGUUGUUUGAGUCAUAUUCGGUAAGAGCAGCUUAUAUGAAAAAACUUAUGUACAAUGUUAAUAAACCAAUUCACAUAACUAAAUAA